AUGGAGGAAAGCCUAUCUAGCACAAGAUGGUUAACUUCCAGGGUGGAGAUCAAAGUCAAGGUGAUCAACGCCCGGAUGUCAAAGGGCCGAGCAGAGGACAAUUACAAUGGCUGGUUGGGCGAUCAGGCUCAACCGAAAUUGCUUGUUCUAGAACAUGGCUACAAGAAUGAUCCAAGCAGUGCAGAAGCAAAGAGGGGCGUGGAUUUACCAUAUGACACGGCACUAAUAUCCAGUGGUUAUACUCCUGACAAUCCUGCUGAAGUGGGAAACAAAAUCUAUGAGAUGAUGGUCAUUGCACUUGGUGGAAGGUGGGGAAGAACAGACUCACUGGGAGCAGCAGAAGAAGCUGAUGCCGAGGCAACAAGCUCUGAGGGCAGCUUUGAGACAGUAGAGGCAGAGGUGGUCGAACCAUCAGAAGUGAGGACAGAGGAUGAUCCUUGGAAGGAUUAAAUCGAUUCCUUGAGAUUAUUUGUGGAUUAGGCAAAGGUGAUGAGAAGGGGCCAAGGUGAUGAGAAAGGGAGUAGUGUAGGUUGAGGGUAUUAAUUUUGUCAUAACGAUCAGCGAGA